AACUGACCAAUGAGGAGCAAACUUUCUUUGAAAAAGUUUUUCUAACGGUUUUGGUGGAGUUGGUGGUCAGAGGAGGAUUCAAGAAGAAAGCUGCUUAGAGUUACUACAUCUCAAAAAGUCCAGUUGUGGACUGAGGAGUAAGCGUGUCCUGCAGCGUCUACUGGAUUGUCGGCGAGGGUCUCGUUUGGAGCGGUUCUGUGGCUGUUGAACGGGUGGUCGGGACCUCGGCGCCUGGUAACUUCAAAGCGGUAAAUUAAGAGAUAUGGAGUCAGUGGAGGACGUCAUCAGGAAGGCCCUCCCCGCACUCCAGGAGCGGGAUUAUCACAAUCUACUCACACAUUUGGCUGGUAUUGGUGUGAAGACAGAAUGUGAUCUGAAGUUUGUUACCUUUGAAGACUUAAAAGAUACCGUCCCACUUAUUGCUGGCCGAAGACUCAUACACUUCCUCAAGAAUCGAGGCCGUGAAAACCUCACAUCUGACCAGCUAGGCAACUGUACGGCAGGCUCUUCAUCUUCAAGCACAUCACCCACAGCCCCUAUCCACAGCCGUGACUGGAUGUCAUCCUAUGAAGUCCCAUGGGAGAAAAUGACUCCAAAUUUAAGACAAUGUGUUGCACAAGGCCAGCAACCCAGAAAGCAGGACCAUUUGGCCAUGGUGAGAAUCAUUGUAGAUUCAAUCCGUGAAUUAUGCCUGAACCCUUCCAGAAACCAGUGUUCAGAAAUCGCAAGACGAAUCACUGACAAGUACCCAAAAAGCUUUGCAGAUUUAACAAUGGAAGGAGAGCUAAUUGGCUGUGGUUAUGGGUCCUUGUUGAACCAGAUCAAAACAAGGGUUGAGCAUGUAAAUCGUGACAACACACUGGUGAGAGUGAGAAGAGUAAAACGUCCAGUCAAUGACAGCGAGCCUGUAUCCAGCAAUGAGGCCCCAGCAUCAAAAUGUUCAAAAACAGACAGUUAUGGCUGCAUCAGUUGGCACCCACUCAACCUCCCUGCAGAUGAGACUCCAGAAUCAGUAGAGGAAAAAAGGAAGGCAAUGGUAAACUCCUUCUCUGAAGAGGGGCCUCGAGCAGCAGAACAUGGCCAGGUAGAAGAAUUUAUGAAGAUAACCUAUGCCACUCAAAGAUAUGCUAUCAAUAGCAAUCCCCCACCCAGUAUUGACGAAAUGAAAGAUCAGUGGCCAUUUCUGUUUUUAAAGAAGUUCAUGUGUGGUCACUUUUACACACUCACUGGGAUAGAAAUUGGUGGCAGACUCCUGGAUACCCUCUGCAGAAAGGGAAAGAAAGUCAUCCACUUUUUUGAGAGCCAGCUCCAAAGGUGGAAGAAGGAAGUCAGGAAAGUCCUGAAGGACAUCGACGAUGGUGAAGAAGACAUCAACCAUGGAGUUGCAUCGGUGCUCACCCUGAUGGCAUUCUUCAAGGAGAAUGAGGAUGCACUGUUCCUUCUGGCUGAUGUCACUGCAACUUCAGCAGAUGUAGAAGGCAGCCUUCCUAUACCCAGCACUCCAAGAUUGAUAGCGCGUGGGGAUUCUGUUUUCACCGCGACAUCCUGGAUGCUGACUAUGGAGGGACAAGUCCUUAUCCAGCCGCAAGAACUAACAGAUUUUCCCUCCGCACUAGCCGUCCUGUUCUGCUGUUACUACAUUUUCAAUGUGCAGUACCAGGAAGAGGCAGCCAGUACGCUUGAGUUUAUUCAGAGGUUUAUUCUUAGAUUAAACCCUGAUGGCUCCAAAUGCCAGGCUACGUCAAUGAUCAGCCGGACUUCUGGUAAGAGGGUAAACAGAAAGCUAUCCAGCCUGAAUCCACGUGUCAUGUCACUAAUCAAAGAGCUUGUGGAUUUUGAGUGGCAGAACUAUUAAAACCAUACAUGCAUACAUCAGGCCGAAUAAUAAUAAUCGAAUUUGAAAAAAUCUGAAUCGGCUGUGCUCCAGAGUUCAACAGAAACAUGUAUAUAUUUAGUCUGUUCUGUCAUCAAGCUGCUAUAACGUUGUGUUAGUGCUUUACCUUAUGUCCGUUCUGUAUUCUAUAUUGAGCUUCAUUUGUUCUAAGUCUUUUCCCAUCUGACUGACAUCAUAUUUAACUGACAGAGAUUUGAUAUUCGAUUUUAAUAUUUAAUAAAUGGUAGAAUUUUGAAAUUGAAUGUAAUAUCUGUGUUCUGAAAUCCAAGCAUAACUGUAUUUUCCCAGUGCAGGUAAUGUUAAUGGUUAUGGCUAUGACCUUGUAUAUUAGAUUUUCAUGUAUAUU